AUGGAUAUUGUCGAUAAGCUACAGGGAUUUCCCCGUUUGAAGAAGGUUCGCGUGUGCAUCGGGACGAAUGGGAUGGGCGGGAGCGGUUCGGCGGGAAGACGUGACAAUAGCGAGGCGUGGACCAAGUGCAUGCGCUACGCCGAAAUUGGCGCUUCGGUAGAUAAGUUCCUGUUUCUCGCCGCGAAAUCCGGGAGCGCGGAUGUUUUCUACAGUAGCAUCGGCGGGGGUGGCGGGGAGAUGGUGGAAGGCGCGCUGCGCGGGGGAAUGCCGGGAGGGCCGUGGGAGGGGGGAAGCGGACAGCACCGUGCGGGGACUUCAAGACAAGGGGAAGCGUCGUUUCUGAAUGGGUUUGAUGCGGUGGAAGGCGGCUGCGGGGAGGACAUGCGCGCAUCAGCAGCAGCAGCAUCAGCAGCAUCAGUGGACCUAACUCUAAAGCAAGUCAUGGGGCCGAGCGAUGACUCGCUAAAGCGCAUGAUGCCUGUUAUAAUAUUCGCCAUUAUAAGGGGCUUCGACGAGUUCCGGGACGUAAUUCCCUGUCUAUUGCUGAAGUUACCCCUGCUGCAGCAGCUGCUGCUGGUUGACGUCACUGACAACGUCACCAUCCACAUGCGCCCGCACCACAUGGCGCAGCUUCGGCGGGCCAACCGCCGGACGUUCGGCGGGAGCCUAGGCUUGGAGAGCCUAGGCUCGGAAGGUUUAGGUCCGGAGAGUCUAGCAAUGGAAAGUAUGGUUCUGGGGGAAGGGAGCAGUGGGAAUGCGGAAGGGUUAGUUGGUAGCGGGCGGGCGGAAGAGGGAUCGCCAACGGACAUGGUUUCGGAGAUGGAUGGUGGAAUGGAUGGUAGCAUGGGUGGUAGCACGGGUGGUGGCAUGAUUGGUGGCAUGGGUAGUGGCAUGGGCAUAGAUGGUGCGGGAAGCAGCGGGAUAGGCAUGGGGGUAGGGGUGGGACGAGGCAGUACGCGCGCGUGCAUGGGGCCAUCGGAUGCGUUUGGGGAUGAGGAGUUUCGGCCAGAGCUGCUGGGAGCUGGCAUGGAUGCUGGCAUGGAUGCUGGCAUGGGUAUAGAUGGUGCGGGCAGCAGUCAUGUGGGCAUGGGGGCAGCAUCAGAGGCGUUUGGAGAUGAGGAGUUUCGCCCAGAGCUGCUGGGAGCUGGCACAGCAGAUCAAACCCCCGUGCUAGAAACCGCUGCUCCUGCUGAACUUUCCAGGCGGGACCUUUCUUGCCAUCCUGACUCACCCAACUUCCACGUGUCGUUCUGGCGCACGGACAGAGUCCGGGUGGCUUAUCCGCUGCCGCGUCAGCACCAGGAGCUGACUGACGUGUCAGUCUGUGUGGCCACGCAGGACUCUGUUGCGCUGGAUGACGCUGACGUGGCGGAGCUUGCCAGGUCAGCUGUCGGUGGGCCUGUGCUGGCUGCCACUGUGGCGUUUCUCAACAGCCAAUCAUCCAUGCAUGCACUGUAG